ACUCGCACUUGGCCGGUUUUUUUCAAUUCGAAUUGGAAGUCCCCGAGAUAAGGGCGUUCAAAUAAAAAAACUUCCCCUUUAUAAUAUAAUAUGUAUUAUGUAUAUACAUAUUAUGUAUACAGAUAUAGAUUUAUGGCUUCUAAUAAAAUUACAUUGCUGUGAAGAAUUUCUUUUAACUUAAACAGGGUUAGGGUACACAUCAAUGUAAUAGUAAGUAUCUGAAAUGACUUCCUUAGUUUCACAUUUAUAUAGAUUUAAAAACCUUAUUCAAAUUUCCUGAUGUUAAAAAAGAAGAACUCCUUAUCUAUAAAACUGGGUUCAUAAUGGGCUUUUUUCCUUGGUAUUUUCUGAUGUUAUUUUCAUUUUAGAUCGAUAUUGUAGUCUGCAAAUUGACAAUUGAUGAGACGAGAGAUAUUAGUAUUUACAGAUCAUUGUUUUUCAUAUUAAUGACACAUUUUAAAUAUUUAUAUACCUACGUCAUUCUUGCCUGAAAUGUAUUAUAAUUUUGUUGCGAGGUAAGGUUGUAAUUAGGGUCUUUAUAUAACAGUGAAAAUUACAACAUUUAUGCGUCUACCAACAAAAGCUUUGUAAUCCACAUUUCGUUGAUUACAACAAUUUAUCGCCAUAUGACCAAGCGCAUUAUACCAUGAAGGCUGUAAUUACUAGGGAAAACCGCGUAUUGCAAUACUAAGGACAUAUUUAAUACCCGGCUUACAACCAUAUCCUAUUAAAUUCAUGUCAAAUACUCUUUGGAUGUCAUACGUACUGGUUGCCUCGUCAAUAUGUGUUUGUGGCUAUUAACGGCUUGUUUGGGAUUACUGCCCGGUAAUGCUCCCCCGUCUAUUGUGGUAGUACCAGGUGUGCCAGCGCCAAUACUACUGCCGACAACAGCCGCAACAACAGCUGCAAUGACAACGCUUAGACCUGCAAAUGUGACUACACCUACCCCUACAUCCGCCCCAACAAUGACUCCGACACCAGCUCCAACUCCGGCUCCAACACCGGCUCCGACAACAGCUCCAACUCCAGCUCCAACUCCGGCUCCAACACCAGCGCCAACACCAGCGCCAACACCAGCGCCAACACCAGCGCCUACACCCGCGCCGACGCCCGCGCCUACACCAGCUCCAACGCCGGCUCCAACACCAGCUCCAACCCCGGCUCCAACCCCAGCUCCAACACCAGCUCCAACACCAGUACCAACACCAGCUCCAACACCAACUGCAACUCCAGCUCCAACACCAGCCCCAACUCCGACUCCAAUGUCAACUUCAGGUAAUAUGAAUACUGGUACCACUACUGCACGCCCGCCAGGAAACCUCACAACAGCUGCACCAACUGCUAUGCCGCCAGCUCCAACUGUAGUUACUAUGCCACCGACAGUUACAACACCACGACCGAUGACAACAGCACCUCCAGCGACAACUGUAACAGGUGGUGCUAAUUUACAACUUAUUUUUUGUAACGAUCCUGAUACCGUAUGUGUAUUUAACCCCGAUGAAAAUGCUACAGGGCCGCUUCCUAUUGACCCGAGAGUUGGAACUACCCCUGGACCAUCAGCUGCAUUCCGAUCGGAUAUAGAUUCUCAAGUACCGUCGUAUGACACGGCUGUCAGAUUUCCAAGACAACGAAGGGACGUACAACUCAUAAGUAUAAAAGAUUUUUUGAACGAACUUUCAAAGACAGAUGACAAACAUAUAAUAAGUAAAAGGCAAAGUUGUAGAUGUGUACCUUCAGGCACGUGUAUUAAUAACGGAAACAAUUCACCCGCUGGCAUGAUCGAUGUCAGAAUAGUAACACCUGGAGGAACUCAAUGUCCGUCGGGGCAGGAAUAUUGUUGCGGCAACACUACUGCUCCCAUCGUUGACACGACACAGAUAGCUUGUGGCACUGUACAAACUGUACCAACAACUGCUGUUGUUCCUACUACUGGACAGGCUAAUUUUGGUGAAUUUCCAUGGCAGGCUCUCAUACUUACCAAACAAAAUGAUUACAUUGCUGGCGGAGUCCUCAUAGACAGUUUGAACGUCGUCACAGUAACGCACAGGCUCGCUUCGUAUGUUGUUUCAGGCACAGCGCCGAAUAUCAAAGUUCGUCUCGGAGAAUGGGACGCUGCUGGUACAUACGAACCAAUACCGUAUCAAGAGUACACGGUUCAGAAAGUAUUUACCCACCCGUCGUACAACGUUAACACAUUGCAGUUUGACAUUACUGUCCUGAGGCUCACGGCUGCAGUGCCUUUCACGCCGUCGGCUGGCGCAGCAAAAACUAUAAACAGAGCGUGUCUUCCAUCUGCUGCCAAUGCUAGUUACACAGGACAAAGAUGCUUCGUGUCUGGAUGGGGUAAGGACAUGUUUGGUAUUAGCGGCCAGUAUCAACAGAUAUUGAAGAAAGUGGAAGUGCCGAUAGUCGCCCCGGACGUUUGUCAGAAUCAGCUGAGGAGUGCACGCUUGGGUCCUACUUAUGUACUCGACACUACAUCCUUUGUAUGCGCUGGGGGCGAAGCCAACAAAGACUCUUGCACUGGUGACGGAGGGUCCGGCUUGGUGUGCCAGAAAAACGGACAAUGGGUAGCUGUAGGACUAGUAGCUUGGGGGCUAGGAUGCGCCAGCGCAAACGUGUCUGGUGUUUACGUGAACAUUGCUGGGUUAUUGCCGUGGAUUCAAGCGCAAGUAGCCACAACUUAACCUCACGAAACAUUGAAGAAAAUCAGUAAUAUAAAGUAAAGACGAUAUUAUAUUGUACAAUAGCAUAUAAACGCCAUUCAAGCUUAA